GUUUCCUUUUUUUUUCUUUUUUAUAGAGGAGUGAAUGUUGUUCCAUUCCUAGAGUUGAUUGGCUUACCAGACAGCAUAGUAAACAUCCUGAAAAAUUCCCAGAGUGGAAAUGCACUGACUGCAUAUGCGUUGUAUAAAAUUGCAACUCCUGCCAGAUACACUGUGACUUUGGGAGGAACAUCCAUCACUGUUAAAUAUCUACGUAAGAAUGGCUACAUGUCCACACCACCACCAGUAAAGGAAUAUCUACAAGAUAGGAUGGAGGAAACAAAGGAUAAAAUUACAGAGAAGAUGGAGGAAACAAAGGAUAAAAUUACAGAGAAGAUGGAGGAAACAAAGGAUAAAAUUACAGAGAAGAUACAAGAAACCAAAGAUAAAGUUUCAUUUAAAAAGAUAAAGGACUAG